AUGGCAGAAGUCUUAUCUAUUCUGGGACUCAAGCUCACAAAAUUUCCGAGAGAAGAGGGGAGGUUUCUUGAAGGACUUCAACAAGAGGUCCAACUCAUCAGUGAUGAGUUUGGUCAUAUGAAGGCUUUCCUCCAGAAAGUGUCAGAUGUUAAUCAAGAAGAUCAUGAUCCUCAGCUCGCUGAAUGGAUCAGACAAGUGCGAGAAGUUUCUCAUGACACUGAAGACAUUCUCGAUGUAUACAAGCUUCGAUUUGCCAGCCGUCGCCCUGAGGGAUGGAUUUUCAAGUCCGUGAGGAGUUUGUCUGACCGUCAUCGACUUGUUUCCAAGUUGAAAGAUCUCAAGGAUCGAAUCAAAAAUAUUUCUGAAGCACGUCUUAGGUAUGAACCACAUUAUGCUAAAGAUUCAGGGAAUCUUACUGCGAACAAUGCCUGGAGGCAUAGUACAGAUGAGGAGGCACUUCUCGUCGAAGAAGCUCAUCUGCCAUCAAGGGAGCAAAACAUGGUAACCAUACUUAGUGCAACCAGGAGUAUAGGAUGGUCUUCGAGAAAGAUGAUACGUAGACUUGUACUUCACCAUAAUCUCCCUGAAAUCAUCAUUAGCCCAGAAUGCCAACAUUAUAUUAUGAACGUUCGAUCCAUAAUUAACAUUGGGAAGAAGAAAUCGCCAUCUGAAGCGGUAUUAACCAAACUUCUCAGCAGUAAGUUGUUAACUGUUGUUAUCCUAGUAGGUAUCGAUUUGGAAGAAAUUCUGCCAGUGACGAAGCAUGGAUCUGCACCAAUGUCUCCGAUUGGUUGA